AGCGACACCGACACCCGUCAGUUGCGAGUAGCAGCGGGUCACAGACACCGUGUUGAGCUGUACUGACCAUCAGCAUGGACCCGGUGUGUGUGUGUGGAGGAACCGUCACCCGGUCAGCAGUUUAAUUCUACAGUCAAACCAGCAGCGCGGAUCCGGGAUCAGUUCUGACGGAUUAUUCCAGCUCUGAGGUGAAGAUGAGCGACAUUUACGAGUCGGCGGCGACGUCUCUGGGUCUCUUUAACAGUCCCUGCCUCACCAAAGUGGAGCUGCGGGUGGCGUGUAAAGGGAUUUCGGAUCGGGACGCCCUGUCCAAACCCGACCCCUGUGUUCUGCUCAAGAUGCAGUCGCACGGACAGUGGAUCGAGGCGGACCGGACGGAGGUGAUCCGGAGCUCCAUCAACCCCACCUUCUCCAAAAUCUUCACCCUGGAUUAUUACUUUGAGGAGGUGCAGCGACUCCGGUUCGAGCUCCAUGACAUCUGCAGCAGCCACAGCGGCACGCGGGAGGCCGACAGUCUGGGGGCCAUCGAGUGCACGCUGGGACAGAUCGUGUCUCAGAGAAAACUCUCUAAAGCUCUGUUGAAGUCGUGCAGCACUGUGGGGAAAUCCAUCAUCAUGAUCACGGCGGAGGAGCUGACGGGGAACGACGACUACGUGGAGCUCUCAUUCAGCGCCAGGAAACUGGACGAUAAAGACUUUUUCAGUAAAUCUGAUCCAUUUUUGGAGAUCUACAGGGUGAACGAUGACCACACCCAGCAGCUCGUCUACAGGACAGAGACGGUGAUGAACAACCUGAACCCGGUGUGGAAAACCUUUAAAACCUCGUUAAACUGUCUGUGCAGUGGAGACCACGACAGGAUCCUGAAGUGCUCGGUCUGGGACUGGGACUCCAACGGCAAGCACGACUUCAUCGGCGAGUUUGAAGCCACGUUUAAAGAGAUGAGAGGAGCGACCGACGGCAAACAGGUGCAGUGGGAGUGCAUCAACCCCAAAUACAAACUGAAGAAGAAGAACUACAGAAACUCUGGGAUCGUCAUUCUCAAUCAGUGUAAGGUUAUAAAGAUGCACUCGUUUCUGGACUACAUCAUGGGCGGCUGCCAGAUCCAGUUUACGGUCGCCGUUGAUUUCACGGCGUCAAAUGGUGACCCUCGGAACAGCUGCUCGUUACACUACAUCCACCCGUACCGCCCCAACGAGUACCUGAAAGCUCUGGUGGCCGUGGGUGAGAUCUGCCAGGAUUACGACAGUGAUAAAAUGUUCCCGGCGUUCGGCUUCGGCGCUCGGAUUCCUCCCGACUUCAAGGUGUCCCAUGAUUUUGCAGUGAACUUUGACGAGGACAACCCCGAGUGCGCAGGUAUACAGGGUGUGGUGGAGGCGUAUCAGAACUGCCUUCCUAAGAUUCAGCUGUACGGCCCCACCAACAUCGCCCCCAUCAUCCAGAAAGUGGCGGGGUCUGCUUCUGAGGAGCUGCACACCCGCCAGGCUAUGCAGUACUUCAUCCUGCUGAUCCUGACGGACGGCGUGAUCACCGACAUGGCCGACACGCGGGACGCCAUCGUCCAGGCCUCUCACCUGCCCAUGUCCAUCAUUAUCGUGGGCGUGGGCAACGCCGAUUUCACUGACAUGCAGAUUCUGGACGGAGACGACGGGAUCCUGCGCUCGCCCAAAGGGGAACCGGUGCUGAGAGACAUCGUCCAGUUCGUCCCCUUCCGCAACUUCAAACACGCGUCCCCCGCAGCGCUGGCAAAGAGCGUGUUAGCCGAGGUCCCCAAUCAGGUGGUGGAUUACUACAACAGCAAGGGCAUCAAACCCAAGUGCCCCAGUGAGUACGAGUCUUCCAGGACGUUUAACCUCUGAGCGCUGAACUCUACACAUCGGCGGUUUUGCAUGAGCGGACGGUCGUGGGCUGAAGUUACAGUGCCGCGGUGCCACGGUGCCACGGUGCCACCAGACCAAACACAGGGUGCAUGUUUCAGACCUAGCGUGUUGAUUAGCACACGUCUCUGAUCCUUUUCUAUGUCUGUAUCCACACGUUUAUGGAGAUUUUGCUAAAUUUGGUAACAUUCCUGCGUUAUUUCUGCUCCGUUCUGAGGAU